UCUGCCAAAUGAUGAUCACGUUGCGCAGCGGCUUCCCGUCGAGCACCUGAACGGCCAUCCUCCUCACCGCCGCCACUGGUCGUCGUCCUCCGCUGCCUCCAUUUUCCUCGAAGAACCACUCGCGAUCCGCUACGUUCCUCUGCUGCAAAAUGCCAAGGAACCCUAAGCGGAAGCUCUCGCCCUCGCCUACCCGGUCCAUCGAAGCUCUGAAACCCUCCUUCGAGCCCUACGCGGACCUCCUAUUCCCUACCUCAGAGCAAUGUCAGGCCGUGCGUGACGCUCUCCUUGCCCACCACGGAUUCCCCCAGGAGUUCGCCAAGUACCGGAGGUCCACCGACAGCCUGGAUGAGGGCGGUGAUGCGAGGGAGACGGUCCUUGAUGGUCUCGUGAGUACGCUCUUGUCUCAGAAUACUACGGAGUCGAACUCGAGAAGGGCGUUCGAGUCCCUUAAAACCGCCUUCCCUACCUGGGAUCAAGCUCUUGUUGCGGACACAAAGUUGGUAGAGGAUGCCAUCAGGUGUGGAGGAUUGGCUGUGACCAAGGCAGCAAGCAUAAAGAACAUUCUGAGGGCAUUGAAGGAGAAAAGAGGCGAAAUUUGUUUGGAAUACUUGCGAAGCUUGUCUGUGGACGAGAUCAAAGCUGAGCUAUCCAAGUUCAAGGGAAUAGGACCAAAAACGGUAGCGUGUGUUCUAAUGUUCCAGCUUCAGCGAGAUGAUUUCCCAGUGGAUACUCAUGUUUUUCGGAUAACGAGGGACAUUGGUUGGAUCCCCAUUAAAGCAAACAGAGAGCAAGCAUAUAUCCACCUCAAUAAUAAAAUACCUAAUCAUUUGAAGUUUGACCUGAAUUGUCUUCUUGUAACUCAUGGAAGACUUUGUCACAGGUGUUCUGUUAGAAGAGGUAAUCAGAACACGGAAGAUGGUCCACAGGUUUCCUGCCCUCUCACUCAGUACUGUAAGAAUACAAGGAAAUAAGCUAAUCAUUUCCAGCUUGCAUCUCUGUAAAUCUGCAUCACCUGCUAUCUUUCCCAUAAAUAUUAUGAGUGAAGCACUGAAGCUACUGUAUUUUAUCCUUAUGUUGGUUGCAACUUCUGCCUUCUUCAAUUGCCUGAGCUGUAACACAUUGAACUCUACCUAGUCUGUACAUCUGCUUGUCAUAGUUGGGCCUCAUUGGUCAUCUCUUAGGGUGCUUGAAUAGUCUUUGACCUAAAUGAAAGUUACUGAUUACUGAAGAUGAACUCAUGAAACUGUACUAUGACAAUUAGCUAUCUUGAAAUAUUGCUUUGAAUAUAGCGCUCCAUGAAUACAUUUAACAUACUGAAGUUGGUUGUCCCUUUGUGAGAGAAAAUUCAAGGUUUAAAAAUCACCACUAUAUGUAUCAGUUCAAAUGAUGGUCAUCUUAUCAAGUUUUCAAGAAGCCCUAGUGUUGAAGUUGUAUGUGACAAGCUUGGCUGAUAUGAGGUAGUAGUCCAACUCGAGGGGGAGUGCUAAUGAAUGAUUGUAUCAAUCAAGGAUAGGCAGAUAAGUCAUUUAUAUACUUGUAUAUGCUACAAGAUACGGCUAAGAGGGGAAGCCUGAGAGAUAAUUCUCUCCUCAACAGCUUAUCUCUUUAAAGAAAAACAUUCUUUGCAAUUGGUUAUGUCAUAAAGCAAACUGUUUUGUCUUUAACCUGUAUUGUUUCCUAGAGAAUUCAGUCCAAAGCCACCUAAUCCUGUUCCUUACUUGAAAAACAAUGUAGAAGUUGAAAUAGUUCCCUUCCAAUUGAACACCCAUAUCUUAUUUGUCCUUGUCCAACAAAAAGGUAUUCUUUUUUGGAUAGUGUCUUAUAGUUCCUUGUUAGUAAAUUAAAAAAAAAGGCGAUCUUUCAUAAUUAAUGCAAUCAAUUGAUGACUAAUUCAAGGAUUCUUUUUGUUUUAGUUGUCCACUGGUUCUAACUUGUAACUUGCAAAUGGUUGAUGACUUGCUAGUCCAAUAAAGACAUCUAUUUAAAAGAGCAAUUGGUUGAGUGGGAGUCUUGCAAGAAAGCAGUAGAUUAAAGUAACUAAUCUUGGUAUAAGGAUUGAUUGCACCAGGAGCUAUCGGUGGACUGCGCAACUGAGAGCUUUCAAACCAAUAUGUUAGAUGGGGAUUUGUCAGGAAGAAAGUGGAUGCAAUCGAGUUUAAUAUUCUUGAAAAUUUUCUGUUCAACUCUUAUUCAUUGGCUUGUCUUUGUCUAUCAUAGAGGUUAGCAACUAACUCAUAGGCAAUCCUAUGCUUUUGGUUCUAAAGAAGAUAUGUUCUGAUAUUAUCAACAUUGUUAAUACUUGCUUACAUCACUACCCACUCAUUAUAUUCUCUUUUUUUUUUCUGGCCAAAAUUAGGUUGUGUACCUUUAAGUCACUCUCUUGUCAUCUGCAUUUUUAAUAUUCAUACUUCUUUUCCUCUUUGAUUCACACUCAUGUGUGUGAUUAUGCAAAUAGCUGCAUAAGUACUAUUAUUUGUCCAACUUUACUGGGUACGAGGCCACUCAACCUGCCGUAGUGGACCAGUGCUUCAAGAUUUUAAGCAUGGUAAGCAAAAAACAAGUUUCUUUCCCAUUUUUGUUUUAUAUUGAAUUGGUAGGACAAAGUUGUGGAGCUACACAAAUGCAUCUCUAGCUUUUCACCUUUUAGGAUUUCAAGUGAUAUGCUCUCUUAUUCUCACGUUUAUUUGCAAACAAAGUUGGAUUUUCUGUUAAGUGGUACUAAUCUUGUCCUCCUGCAGUUAUUAGUAUGUUUCCACUUUGUUUAUUGAAACGAUGAAACUUCCAGAGCAUGCUAUCAUGUAGAAGAAAAAUAUAAAACAAAAGUUGCAUCCACUUGGUGAUGCUCUUUGUAUCUUGAUUUUUUUUUUCCCUUUGAUUGACUCUAGCAAUGUAUUUGCUGUGGAGAAACAUUAAUUUACUGAUGAGAAAAGUCAUGUCAGCUCAGUAUAAGGAUGGGUUCGAUCCGACAUUGGCUCUUCAUCCAAUAUCCCUAUUGAAGAAAUGGAAACUGGUGUGGCAGCACAAGGUUCUGGUUCCAGGGAGCUGAAAGCCAACUCUCUCUAUCCAGACAAAGGAGAAGAGAAAAGGAUUCGCUUGUUUGGCUUUGAGUUCGAUCCAAAUGGGGAUGGGGAGAGUGGAAACAAGGAGGAUGGUGAGAAGAUUUCACCUGCCCCUGCUUUCUGCUCUGUCAGUGGACCGGAGGACAAGAAGUAUGGGUGCCAAUUCUGCCGCAAGGAGUUCCCAAACUCGCAAGCGCUCGGGGGCCAUCAGAAUGCCCACAAGAAAGAGCGGUUGAAGAGGAAGAAGCUGGAGCUCCAGGCCAGGAGAACUGGCGUCGGUUUCUACCUCCAACCUCUCAUCAAAAGCCACUGCUCCGGAUUCGACUUAUCGGUGCCAUGGUACUACCGUGCCACCGCGCCUGACUACCUCUUGUUUGAAGAGUCAAAUGGGAACUUCAAGACUGUGGAUCAGAAUGCCUUCUCAGGCGGCCUUCUGCCAUCUAAGCCACCUACCUUUGUGCCUCAUCUUCCAGUCGAGCAGCACCCCGGCUUGCAGGGAAUGAUGCAACAGGAGAAACAAUUGCCAAGCUGGCCAAUCGCCGCCAUAUCUUCGUCCUUGUCCAGGUCAAAGCAAAGUUACCAGGAACUGGACCUUCAGCUGCGCCUUGCGGUGAAGUCCACUGCCUGCAACACUACCAGAAAUGGGUUCCAAGCUUAGCCAAUGGACAUGUUCCAGCCUAUGAACUCACGAAGUCACAAUACAUGGAUCGACCGAUUUCCUCGACUAAAAAAGCUACUUGCAAGGAUCUCAAUCUACAUGGUAGUGUCAUCCAAUGAAUUGUUGCAUGUGAAUUAUAUUCUCGCAGCAACUUUUGUUCUCGUAGACUUCAAGAACUAGACAACUGCCCCAACAUCGAAGCAUCGACUAUCGACGAGGAGCUUCUAUGUGAGAUGUACAUAUUUUGCCUCUAUAAAGAUGAAUUCUUUGUUUAUAUCUUCGUCAUCAUCUCAUCGUCGUUCAUUGAGCUC